UAUGAAUUGCACUCAUCAUAUUCAAAAUCAAGUAUCAAUAAUAUGUAUAGCUCCUCACAAAUGUUAAUGCUAAAGGAAGCUUUGUCCAGAAUGCCAAGAUGAUCAUGGAGUGGAUGUUAAAUAAAUAGUAUCAAGGAAAAAAUUUUAAGAUAUGGUGAUGAAGAAAUUACAAGAAUUUAAGUUUGUUGGCUCCUAAGAGUAAAGUAAAUAGAGAAUGAAUUUUAAAUCAAUGCUGUCUUCAACUCUUAAAAUGUUAAAAGAAAUUUGGGAUGAAAUGACAGACUCAAUAAAACAGAUAUAUGAUCUGAUAGAGAAUCAAGAGACAUCUUAUUUGAAUUUUAACAAUGUAAAUCCUUUAGAAUUGACCAAUACUGAAUUAGAAAAGUUAGUCUAAAUUAUUAUAGGAAAACAAUUGGAUGAAUGGAAUAUAUAGAAAAAUUCUUAGUUGAAGAGGUUGGAAAUGACGCAGCAAUAUUGGGAAAAGGAAACAAAGGAGUUUUGUGAAAAAUUGAGUAAAGAAAUGAAGGGGAUUAACUAAUUAAUUAAAAAGACUGAUAAUUCAUAGGAAAACAUUCCUGAAAUAAAGUAAGUUUA